GCCGCUCCGCUCGAGUCCGAGUCUCUCAGUCCGUCCAACGACGCGCUACAGUACGCACGUACGCUCGAACAGCAAAGAGAGCGCUCGCGCGAGUCUUUUCGCUUGUAGCUAAAGCGCGCGUUGCCGUCGUUCGGUUCGCUGCAGUUUGCCGCACGCGUUAUAGGCAGCACAUCACCAGACGACAUAAAAUCACAGAAAAUCGCUUUGAAAGUUCGUUAUUUUUGGUCGAAGAAAAGAUCCUCGAGUUUCGUGAGAGUUUCGCGUCCGGUAGAUAAUGAAAGAGGACGAAAAGGAGCUUCGUUAGACGUCGACGUUUCUCGUGUACGUUUUUUCACGCUUCGAGUAUCGCCCGGAGAUUUUUAGCUCCUCAAACCAAGUCGAUUGUGCACUUAUUUCGCGCUAAUUUACCGUUCGAUUCGUCGUUUUUCAUUCUACGCGAGUGACAACGGUGGACAUUUUUGGGAGAAAACUUAACAGUCUCAAGUUCCUCGAGUGUCUACAUCGAGCGAGAAUAUUUCCUCUCGGCCGAGCAGUAUAACGGAAGAAGAAACAGGACAGAGGUCGCAGAUUUCCUACUGUGCUUUUUCCCGUAUUCCUUUUUUCGGGGGUCCUCCAGACGCGGGAUACGCAGGGAAGCGAAGAGGGAUCUUCGCGAAGAGAGAGAAGGCUUUGUCCCCGCGAGAGCCUCUACGAGAGCCUGUUGAGCCAGUCGGGAAAGAUUCAACGAAAAAUUUUCGCCGACCACUGCCAGCCACCAUUUCUUUUUUUCUCUCUCUCUCUUUCUCGCUCUCGUGCCUGUCGUCCCGCACGUUAUUGUUGCAACAGCUGAGUGAAAACGUGCACCGAUCAUUCCGGAUAUACUUCAACUUCGGACUGUCGUAACAUUUAUGAAUGGAUGGAGGGACGACGGAGAGUACGGGAGAUGGAAGAAGAGGGAUCGUCGAGGGUCUGGGAAGUUUGGAAGGCUGGUGGAACGCGUCGGAAAUCGCGUUGUGGAGCUUCGUACUUUUCGGAGCGUUUCUCCUGAACGCCACGCUCCUUUUGGCCUUCUUGAAGAGGCCAGGACUGAGGAGCAUCUCGAACAGAUUCGUUAUGAAUUUGACGGUGUCGAAUCUUCUGACAUGUGCGAUAUUGAAUCCGCUGUUGAUGCUUGACGGGCCAUCGUCGUCGGGGAGAUCAGGAACGACGUGUUCAGUGGCGGAAGGUGCGACGGCAUUGGUGACGAGUUCAUCGAUAUUUUCGGUGCUUUUGAUCGCGGUGGAUCAAUACUUGGCAGUGGUGGAUCCGCUCCGUUAUCGAACGCGGAUAGACAAACUGAAGUGCGGUAUAUUGGUGAUUUCGGUGUGGCUGGUAUCGCUGAUAUUCGCUAUUUUGGCAGGCUUCAAUCCUUCGCCGCAAAGUAUUUGGCUCGUUUGCGGAGACCGAGGGAGCGGUCCGAGGAUAAACUACGAUGGAAACGAGACGAGCUUGAACGUAACGAUCGACGAAAAUUUUCGCUUCGUUGUCAACGCAACUGACAAUUAUUCGUUGGAGGGUGAAUUAACGUUCACGGAGAUCGAUGAAAAUCCGCCGCUCGACAUCGACAACAAUACGGGAAUCGUUGGUGAAAAAUUGAACGAUUAUAUGCUUUCCUCAUUCGAGGAUGUUUCCUCGAAUUCAACUGGUUUCGAACCGGCCAAUUUGGGAGUGACUUAUGGCCUCGUGUACACGGUUGCCUACACUAUUCUCGCUUAUCUCGUGCCUUUCAUCGGUGUCUGUUGGAUCUACGUCAGUAUUUAUUCGGCGGCACACAAAAAUUCGGAGCGAACACGACGCACCGGUUCACGACCGAUAUUGUCAUCUGCCAGUUUCAGCGAGGAAUAUUAUCCCGUCAGGCAAGAUGUGUCGAGCGAAGAUUUUCGUCGGAUACCUAAGAUCUCGAGCCUCUCAUCGAUCGACGAAAGCAACGAGAGCCACAGCCCUAGUCAGACAAUAAUGCCCGUAAGGGGAUCCGAAUAUUUGUCAAACAAUGAUAAACCGAGCCAAAUUAACGCUAAUAACGUAACGACGAUCGAGGAGGAAGAACCGGUCGCCGUUGUAUUCACCGUUGGAUCGAGCAAAGUUGACGUCACCUCGCAACAACAGCAGAGACAGCAACGCCUCGCCGCCAUCGAUUCGGAUAAAAAACGUAACAACGAUCAGCAUGAAUUAACCAAAGAUACGAUAAGCGAUAACAAAGUUCCUAUAGCCAUUUUGAAAGCCCAAUUUCUCGAUAACAAGCUUGAUCGAUCGAGUCAGAAGGACGAUUUAAUAAGGAGUAAAUUUCGCGACGAGCACCCUCAACAGAAGAGAAAAUCUUCUCACGAUCUCAUGUACGAAGAGAUGUUGCGUUGUAAUUUGGCGAAACUUGGUCUCCGCGAUGAAAGCCGAGCGAUCGACAGCAGCGAAGACGAAGAAGAAAACAGCGACAAUGAUGUGGAGGAUGAAAACGACGGGUUGAAUGACGACACCUCGAAGAUCCCGAUGGCGAAUCUCCAGACCGUCGCCGAGAGUCAUGUCUCGGAGAAGAAACCGGUCGAUUGUCCGAGGAGUCCGAAUGCCGACGAGGAGCGCCGAGCGAAUGAGAUUCGAGAAACUCGAGAGGUCGAUUGUCACACGAGAGCCUCGAAAAACGAAGAGGAGUCUCCGGGUGACAAUGAGGAGAGUUUGAACGCGAGACUCGAUUCUUCGAGUCGCAAAAGUUCCCUCGAUCUUUCAAUCGGCAAUAUUCACCCCCAAUCCUCGAUUCUCAAAGCUCAGAAUUCUUACGGCAAUGGCAAAUCGAAUUUCCGGUUUCACGGAGCUCCCAACUAUCCUCGUAACGAACAAUCGAUCGUCAAUUACGAGGACAACUACUUCAGCAAAUCAGCAACCGCGAAUAAUCUCGAGUCACAAAUAUUUGGCGGUGCCGCGACGAAUCCACCGAUCGUCACUAUCACACCGCCUCAUAAAACUUCACUGCAUCGCGUUUCGAGCGUGAGGAGUACCACGAGCUACAUCAACUCGUUGAAACAUCGCAUCAGCAACGGUUCCUUGUUCAAGUACCGAGAAGAAACGAGAGCCGCGAGAGUAAGCGCGCUCGUUAUCGUUAUGGGACUCAUUUGCUGGACGCCCUACGUUGUUGUAUUAAUAUUGAAAAAUCUCACUUCGAUCACCGGCAAAAGAGUCUCGAACCACGAGGCCGAGGUUGCUGCCAUUUGCUUCAUAAUUAUCGCGACCUACGUCAGCCCUUUGCUCUUCGGUUACCGUUCUCGGCGCGUUAAACGCGAGCUGAGAAAAUUUUUUUGCUUCCGACGCGAACUUUCUUACAAAAACAACCGAAGCUUGAUGGCGAAAAAAGUAUUGAAGCGUCGUCACAGCGGUAAUUUGAGCCAGCUCGAAAUGGACGCGAGAUACAAUAUUUUCAAUUGUGUUUACGGCCGAACGAGAUGGCCCAAGGACAAAGUCCACUUUGUUCAAGUCCCCGAAACUGCACUUGUCGUUGAGACGUGCAGAAGCAGCUUUUCUAGCGGCGCCAGUACUCAAAUAUCGAGCACUUCCACCGAGGAAUGUUGAGCCACGACGAGGUACUAUGAUCAGUUCUUGAAACGUCGUUGAAGUCGCUGAGUUCAUGCUAAAUCAAUUAUUCCGAGGACUCGAACGCAUCGAGGAUUUUUCUGUUCAAAAUUCUUCGUGAAAUUUGUAAACCCUGCCUGAGAUUUUUCGGACACUCUGUAUAUGAAAUCGCAAGUUCUUGCGAGCUCUCGAGAAUUCAGGAAAUUUAUUGCGACGUCGGUUGAAGCGGCGUCGAGUGAUUUUCAUGGGAGAACGAAAGAAAGAAAAAAAAACGUUUUGUAAUUCGUUCUCAUUAGUCGAAUUGUCGUGUGAUCAUGAGAUUGAUACACUUGCCGGUUUAGGCUUGACUCUUGCGCAAUUAUAUUGACGCGCUUUGGUCACGUGUGCGAGAGAUAUUUCACUCGAUGGAAUAUCAACGGACUUUAACUUGUCCAUUAGUGAUCGUAUUUGGUAAGAGAAAAGAAGAGGGCAAAUCAGAUACUUUUUUUCCAUGACAGGCUGUACCAUUAAAUAAUAAGUGCGGAUGAUUAUUGUAUGAGAAUGAAAGAGAGAAAGAGUGAGAGAGAGAGAAAGAAAAAAAAUUGUAACGAGUCAAAUGUGUCGUUUAACGAGGGUUCUUCGACCCUGGAUUUAUCCGACUUCAAUUUUUCCUUGUCUAAUAUUGUUAAUGUGCAUCUCUCAAAAUGAAAAUAUCCGAAAAAAGAACAUUCGAAUCGUCAAUUUUGACGUUAAUCAUGGAAUAUUUAUUCCUGGAGCAAUUUCAAAACAAAAAGAGAUGGAAAAGAAUUGACGAAGGAAGAAUCCAUAAUGUUUAAUUAAAUUAUUUUAGGGGUAGAUGAACGCUCCAUUUCGAUCGAGUCACUCCGUACAUCUACGAAAUCGCCGAAUGUACUUUUCCCUUCGUACGUGUCACCUACUCCAAUUGCGUUUCGUCGAUUUUUUCUAACGAAAAUAAAGCUUCCAUUCAUCCGCAGUGUUAUUCAUGAUCGAAUACUUCGUCGUUGAUUCCACUUUCGCUUCGUUGUGGCAAGUCGAAUGCGAAUGUUUGCUGGUAAAUGACCGGAUGAGUGUAUUGAGAUAUUUCGGAAGGAAAUUUGUAGAAUGUUUUAGUGAUAAAAAUUGUAUAAAUAUUUAUGACGAAUCACAGUUUCACGUGUAUAAUUAACGGACCAAGUAAAACGCGUUUUGAGAAAUCAUGAAAUCAUUUUGAGAAAGAUGCUAUAGUUUUGGAUAAUCAUCGAGUUUCUUAGCAAGACCAACCGAUUGCGAUAUGAACAUAUCAAGGCAAGAGCUUCGACAUUUUGUACACAUUAAAAUCUUAAUCGCAUCCAGUGAACCAAUUAUUCUUGGAUAGGAGAAGCACGGUCGAUCUAAAAAACGAGGACAAAAAGAAAUUGAGAAAAUUUAAAGCAACAUCAUUGUUAUUCCUUCAUAGAAAAUAUUCGACUAAUCAUUAACAGUCUGCCUGACAAUGGUCAUUUACUGGCGCACUUUUUGGGGAGGAGGAUCAGAAGAGAUUGGGAGCAGGGAAAAAAGUUUUAGCAGUUCGAUGACACGAAUUUUGAUUUCUUCGAGUCCCACUCCAUGAAUGAAUGUUCAACAGUUUUAAGCAUUUCCACUCUGUUGAUUUUUCUGUUCGUAUCAUACCGCACGAGCUUGAAUGCGUUUUAUUAUCGUUGUAAAUACAUAGACGAGCGCAUGUCAUGACAAAAAUAUAUUUUUUUUCUCCCCUCGCGUACGAAAUGGGGUCCAACAAAUGAAUAAUAGAAAAGAAAUAAUGAAGAUUAAAAUACAUAACCCAACGGUCUUUGUACACACUCGAAACUGUAUCUUCCAAAACUAUAUUUUGUACAUUACAAAUAUCUUCAUUUUAUUUAUAUUAAAUGAUCUGUAUAUAUAUUUAUAUAUGUAUAUAUUUAUAUAUUUACGUUAGCAAGAAAGAGCGAGAGAGAGGAGAGAAAAGAAAAAAAAAUGAAGAAAAUUACAAAUAUUCGAAUGUCUCGAUGUGAUUGUGAAUUCUUUCAAAAAACAAAAAAAAAAUCAGGCAAAUGUAAUAGAAGAAAUAAGAAGAAAUCCUGUAUACAAAUGAGGUAUACACUUGCAAUUAUUUACGAGUAUUCCUUUUAAACCGCUCUGUACAACUGUGUAACACUUUUUUUACUUCGAUCUCACACGUGGAUCAUUUUAAAUCAUGUGAUAACGCCCAAACGACCAAAAUGAACUUUUGGUUCUCAUUUAACUUAUGCAGCUCCAUUGAUAAUAAAAAAAGAAAACGUCACCAAAUAAAAUGAAAAUGAAACUACA